CUUUCGUCGAUUUAACUGGAUGGAUUGGCUCAUUUCAAUCUUAUGUUUGAUCAAUGCAAUAAGAUGCGGAAUACUCACUCAAAACACAAAUGACUCGGUUGCCGUUUACCUUGGCAAUAUAUUUUUUCGUGAUGCAAAAGGCUAUGUAUUGUUAUUAUGGUGUUUAGUGGCAACAAUAGGACUGGGUUUUUUCAGAGAAUGGCUCAUGACUCUUGAAGCCAAAGGAAAAUUCAAAGUUCUGUCUGUAUGGAAUGUUUGUCGUAAUGGCUUUAUCCCGGUCAACUUACAAAUGAAUGAACUCAAUACCAAAAGAUUUCGUUUUACCGUAUAUUUAGUCACAUUGUUCGUUUAUUGGACGAUGCUAGCAACUCCACUAUUCUGUAUAUUUCUCUAUUUAUCCCUAUUAUUGAACAAUCCUUGGGCGUAUCAAAUUCAUGGGUUGACUCUUUUCUCUCUUUUAUGGCUACCGGUAUUCAUCCUCUCGUUAUCUACGCUUUUGAAUACCAUUAUGGGGUUCGGCUGGUACAUUAUGUGCUCUCUUUACUUUCAUCUCUAUCGAUUACGUGAUCUAAUCGAUUGCGCUGACUUUUUGCUAAACAACUUAAAACAUGGGUUAUUUGCUGAAAAAGAUAUGCAAUUGUUUUGUUCACAAAUCAUUCAUCACCUCAAUGAUUUCGAAUUCGCUUCACACAGGUUACGCUACGUUUUGUUGGGUUAUUUUUCCGUCAUUGCUUUGACAGGUAAUUUCGACGUUUUCAUCGGUCUUAUCCUCAGAGUUCACACUGUUUCGUUUUGUAAUUUACUUGCAACUGCUGGUUUCAUCAUUCUGCUGUCUGUUGGAAUUUUCGGUCUCGUUUUCGGAAGUUUCAUUGCCCAACUUGGUACAUUGACUAUUAGACUGCACCAACUGAGCUGCAGGAAUACACUUUCAACGCAAUCAGCUAGCAAGGUCUUGGAGAUAAUGGAUCGAGCUGCUGGACCAUACAAUGGCUUGAAAAUCGGAGACUUUGUGACUCUCGAGAAACAGUUUUUCAUACUGUUCACCUUGGAAAACAUAUCACUUUUAAUGCUAUUCACCUGUAACAUUGGACCAUUGUUGAAUUAAUUUGUUAAUAUUGCAAAUUCACAAUUGCAUGGACGCAAUCAUUGAAGACAAGACGAGAAAUUAUUGAUAUAAAAGAGAUGGAUUCUCAUAACGUAGAUCAUCAAAAUAAUCAUUCAUUUUGGGUUUCAAAGUCGAGCUAUUUACAUUUUCGGAGGUAACCGAUAUUCAGCAAUUUUUAUCCAGUUAUCUAAAACCUGUGAUUUAUACGUCAAGUUACUCAUCUCAUUAUAUUCUCAUUAUACUAUGGUUGGACUUAUAUAUUGUCUCAAAUCCAUCUAUGUUUGGACAUAAUCCAGAACGAUUUUCCAUUAAUUUAUUGAAAGCAUAAGAAAGCGUCUAUUUCAGUCAUUCAAACAGGUGAUUAAACCAAUAAUGAAUUAUUAAAAAUACUAAAUGUAAA